AUGUACUACAUACCUGUCCCCGAGCUCCAGCUUCAGAGCCGUGGCCGCUGGUGCCGCCAGCUAGAAAGAUCUCUGAGGUUAACAACAAAGUUUACAAGUGCUUCGGAUAUACCUGUGGGGUUUGUAGAAAAGAACGUGAAAUUGCGGGGAAGAUUACAUCAGAUAACAGAGAAAGGCCUGGAAGUUGAACACAUUCCCAUUAGCGUUCCUUUCAUUACAUCGCUACAGAGAAAAUGGCAAUCAAAAGGUGUGCUGCUGGUGAGGCUUGCCGGGGUGGAGUUGGCUCCGAGCGGCAUGGCCUGGUUACAGCAAGAGUUAAAACCCAAACAAAUGCUAUGGUUCCAACUUCUCGGAAGGGAGGACUUGGCACUCGAGUGCCUUGUUUUAGUAAAUAAGGGUCGAUUUCUCAGCGUGUGCUUAAAUGAAGAGAUCUUGAGACAAGGGCUUGGCAGAACAGCGCGCAUUGAAGGGCUACACCAUGAUUCCCGCCUGUACUGGAAACUUCACAAAAGACUGCUUCGAGCGGAGUUAAAGGCCUUGAAGAAAAACAAGGGAAUAUGGAGAGAAGAAAGCUACUCUGAAAGAAUAAGAGAUCCACUUAUUGGUGAUAGCAUCUGCGACAAAUUACCCGUGAACAGUUUGAUGGGCUUGUCCCUGCUGCUGCUGGCGUUAGAGGCAAAACUCGGCCUGUGA